AGUGCACGAAAUAUACACCGAUAUGUUUCGAAUUCUUCUGCGCGAAACUGGGCCUGGAGGGUGUAUUCUAUCCGGAGUCAAGACAAAGUGGAAGGAGAUAUUCCUCAAAUCUCUAGACCAGGUUCAAUAUGGAUACAAAUUGAAGGAGUUUCUUUUGAAGUUUCCUGACGUAUUGCAGAUUGUUUUGAAAGGCAAACAGCAGUGGGUAGUGCCCACAGGCUCUGUGGCUGCGGCGCCGGUGGCCUACUCUCGCUCCAGCUCCACCGCCAGUACAUCAGCAACCAAGCGAUCAACCACUGACAGACAAAACUCGUUUAGCAUAGCGUCAGUCAAGAGGGCCAGACAGGAGGACUAUAGACCCUCUGCGGGGAUGGUCGGUGUUGGGCAACCCACCGAUCAAAUGCUGGACGGAACUACACGUGCGGCACUCACAGCCAAACUUAUGGGAGGUGAUGGGGCAAAGCUGGCCGAGGAAGAGCGGCUCAAGUCGUUGCAGUUGAAGUGGGAGGGCAACAAACGGGCUAAGGACUGGUUUGACACACCUGUCACCACUGUGGGGGCAUAUGCAUGAUCGCCCCCGAUGAUCAUUCGAACCACGGCGUCUGUAAAACAACGACCACAAUUGGAUGUGGUGAAGUGAUAGAACAGGCUCGGGCUGCGAGUGACACAGAAAAUCGGUCAGACAUAUGAGCACGAGUUCGGUAGAGUGUAGGCCAAGCCUGUUUGUACCGAACCUAAUCUGCUGCAAUAAAUUAAGCGAUUGGGAUAAGCUUCCGUGGCCUCAGUUACUACAGUAAUUGAGCACACGCACGCGUAACAGAAUCGACAGACAGAUAGUAUAAUUGUCGAAGAUAUUAACAAAUAAAAACUACACAUAUAUGGA